AAAACUGCUUUUUCUAGACUCUCAACAACCACCCAAGCCUUUCGCGCAUUUACAUACACACAAUGGCUGUCGAGACCUCACCCGCUACUCCUGUUCCUGUCGCGGAGUUGACCAAGAUUGCCACAGAGGCUUGUGACUCCGCGCUUGACAAAGCAGAUGGAUACGACCACGCCCAGGUCGGAAAAUGGAACUCCGAGAUAAUCAACUCCAUCCUCAAGGCCCUCAUUGCCGCUACCACCCCUUCCACACUAUCCACUCCUCCUCCAUACCGCUUCACCGUGAACAGCACCAUUGUGCAACAAGGCUUGAUCGACAAGUCUGCUGCUGCAGACGGCUCCGCCGCCAACACUGGGAAGCGCGGCAUGCACUCCGCUUCUGGGGCGUUCUGGGACGUUAACCGCGAUGGAAUGUGGACGUUCAAGUACCCCGGCGCCGAUGCCAAGGGGUUGGACGUGGUCGUGAGCGUGACAUGGUUUGCACUUGGCUAGUUGGCGAGGGACGGAAUCAGAAAGAGAAAACAACUGAUAUACCAUCGUGAUAUUUUACAUAUUCUUGAUAUUGCAUAUUUCAACUAUUGAGCCUUGAACUUUGAUACUGGUCUUGUCUUUGAUUACGUUGCUUCGAUGGAGCCCGGUGCUUAUAGUGUGAUUUCUCUCGAAUUUUGCUUGGUAUAUCUAUGCUAUAUACCAUUGAUACGCACAGGAAGGAAUUGAUCGAUCAGCCAAGAUAACCUAGCUCAAUAA